AUGGCAAGAAAAGUUAGAAGACUUACACAUAAAAAACGCCGCUCAUCUCGACCAGUUAAAACGGAGGCUGCUGGAAAUAUUCAGUAUGAAGUAGAAAAAGUGAUCGGAACUAGCAACAAAGGAAAUACUAUAUAUUUCGAAGUCAAGUGGAAAGGAUUUCCAUCCGAGGAAAAUACUCAGGAGCCGGAGUUCAGGUUGACUUGCGAUGAUAAGAUUCUGAGUUACCUGGUACGACGAUUGGACCCUAUCGCCUACUUGGACACAAUUCCUGAAUCAAUCGAGGAUAUCAAAUCCAUGAAAAAUAAUAAAAACUACAUUUUGGACGUUAUCGAACCUCUGACAUCCAUUGGGCAAAUGACAGUUCUCAAUGGAUCUGUGAAAUUCGUGAAUGUCGAUUCGAUUCCGAGCAGGGUCAGAUACUUGAAACACAUGAUUACAUGUGAACAAUCAUACAUUCUGAAGUCUCUGUUUGUUCCAUCUGAGGAUGACGUGCGACGAGAUAUGAAACAAUAUCAAGAAGAGCUAGAUCUAUUGCAAAAGUCAUUCACCGACUACCCAAAGAUCACUAUAAGGAUUCCAUAUCAAAUACAAACUGUUUUUUAUUCUCCUCCUCCUCUCUCGAAAUUGUUGUUCGAACCAAUCUCAGAAGCUAUUUUCGAGGAACGUGAAAGCGACAAGUAUCACUUCCCUCCGAAUUCUGACAUCUUGGGUUUCAAUAAGGUGGCUCCUUUCAUUGAUAGAUCACACUUAGAAGAAAUUUCGGACAAGAAAAUCAAACCAAUUCUGGAAAAAGAUAGACUGGAUUUCAACUCCAACCCUCGCUUCAAUGUUCGCAUGAGCCUCUCUCAAUAUCCGGCGUGUGGAUGGAAUCUCACUUUGAACGAAGAGGUUGAUGAAAACACCCCAUUGUUGGUGAUCGCAGGAAUCGUCCGUCCCGUUGCAGUGGCUCAGAAGUGUUUGGAGGAAGAAGGAGAAAUAGUGGCAUUCAGCUCAUUCAUUGAAAUUCCGAAUUCAGGCAUGUGUCUUGAUAGACGCGAAUUCUUCGAUUUCUCCAAGUACGUCCCACAUAAUUGUGAGCCAACAUGUGGUGUUCGUUUGGUGAACUCCGGAAACGAUGUCCCAGAUCUUGUGGUUUAUUCCCUCGUUUCCAUUGAUUCCUCGUGUACCUAUACCGUUUCACUUGACUACUUCCAAAUGUUCCAAAGUGAUGUCAAAGACCAUUUCCUGAAAAACCCUGCUCCAGAUGGUCAAAUAUUUUCACUGUACGAGAAGUUGACUGACUUCGUUCACUGCCAAUGCUCGAUGCCAUCAUGCAAAGAGGUUCUGUAUGUCUCAACUAUGCAGAAACAAUCACAAAAAUUGCUGAAAUCGUCGAAGAAAAAAUCAAGAUUGGACUCAGAAGAAGAGUCGGAGCAGAAGAUAUUUGGAGGACUGAAUUUGGUCGACUCUGACAGAAUCUAUGCUAUCAGAAAUGGAGAAUUCGUCGACUAA